CGGAUCGUGCCCGUCCCCGCUCUGUCACCUCACAGUAGUCGUUGCUGGUGGCGGGUGCCGGGGCGCGAGCAGCCCAGGGCGGCCUCUCCCCGCCCCUCAGGCCGGGCCGGGGCUCAGUCUCCCGUUCCCUCCACUCCCCUGCCCCGUCGGGUACGGGAAGGUCCAAGCCGCUGCCGGGUGCCUGAGGGACUUCGUGGCCGCCGCCGCCACGGGUCCCGAUGGAGCCGCCGAAUCUCUAUCCGGUGAAGCUCUACGUGUACGACCUGUCCAAGGGCCUGGCCCGGCGGCUCAGCCCCAUCAUGUUGGGGAAACAACUGGAAGGCAUCUGGCACACCUCCAUAGUCGUGCACAAGGAUGAGUUCUUCUUCGGCAGUGGUGGUAUCUCCAGCUGUCCGCCAGGAAGGACUUUGCUUGGGCCCCCAGAUUCUGUGGUUGAUGUUGGGAGCACAGAAGUCACAGAAGAAAUCUUUCUGGAGUACCUGUCCUCCCUGGGGGAGUCUCUGUUCCGAAGUGAGGCCUACAACAUCUUUGAGAACAACUGUAACACCUUCAGCAACGAAGUGGCACAGUUCCUAACCGGGCGGAAGAUCCCUUCUUACAUCACUGACCUUCCCUCUGAAAUUCUAUCCACGCCCUUUGGACAGGCCCUGAGGCCCUUCCUGGACUCCAUUGCGAUCCAGCCUCCCGGAGGGAGCCCGGUGGGCCGACCCAACGGCCAGAGCUAACCGGACUGCAUGGGACCGCCCUGCCUCACCAGGGCUUUUCCUUUUUAAACAAAACAAACCCUACCAGAUUUCUAUUUUAUAAUUUUACAUCAGAGCUAACAACCAGGGGACGGCUUUUUAAAUUUCCCAGGGAAGGAAAUCACCAGGCUGCAUGUAGGACACAGCUGCUAAGACACAGAACAAAAUGCCAUCCCUUCUAAUAGUAUUAUACUAAUUUAUUAAGGCUCUCUUGUCUGUGAGUUCACUUUUGACGCUGCUUCCUAAGCGUCCUCCCCACUGGAGAAAGGGAGGGGCUUUGUUUAAGCCAGAGGCACUGUUUGGGGGAGCCCCAGCCCAGGACCUCUUUCUAGAGAAUGCCCACACUCCACCCAACUUGCCACAUGCUGUGGGACCCAGGUGAGUUUUAUGUUAUCCGUGACCUGGAAGUGGUUACUCGCCACCAUGAAAUGAACCAAAGGAUUGGUGCACAUGGGGACAGUUUCAGGGAAACUCACCCAACCUAAGUGAACUCUUUAGCCACGAUCUCUCUCACCUUCCCUCCCCUCCCCCAGCAAGGCCAGGGGGCCCGGACUGGAGCAACCAAAAGCCUCAGGAUGCGGGGAGAGUAACAGCAAGUGCCAGUCCAGAGGAAACCGGAUAAAGCCAUGCCUCCUUCCACCUAGACUGAUGGCCAAUCCUCUGACAUCGCUCUAGGAGAACCUCCCUUGCUGUCUGCGGUCUGCUCUUCCUCCGUGUAGCUGACCUGCCACAGUUAAUGAAGGUCUGGAGCAGCAGAGACUCAGGCCUUUUGUCUGCAAGUAAUAAUGUAGGUUAUUGACAGUCACUGUACCCACCCGACCCAGACCAAUAUGCAGUAUUCAACUAGGGACCAAGGGGAAAUUAUUCCCUGCUCUUGGAAGAUAUCCCUGAUGUACAAAGCAUAAUAAUACAGAAUCAAGGUGGCAAGAAAAUGUAGAGUUAUUUCUGAUAGGGAUUUGUAUAGUAUCCUAAGUGUGUUUUGAAGGCAAGUGUUAUUUCUGGUGUCCUUCUGACUUUAAGGAAGCAAGAUGGAGGGCGUGAGUGGGCAUUUUCAUAAAGGGCUGUUGGCCAGGAGCUUCUAGGCAGGGAACAAUCUGGAAGUUUCUAACCUGGAGAGGCUUUCAGAUUCUCUUGCUUCCUGUGAGCCUCCCUUAAGUUGGGAGAAUGAAUAUGGAGAACUCAGAGCUCCCUGGUGCCUGAGUCCUAGCCCUGGCCUCUGUGGGUCGCUCUUGCCACUUCUCAGAGUUGAAUUAUGUUCUCUUUCCUGGGGUCUGGCCUGCAGCAGGUGCCUUUCCUCUCCCAAGAGCUGCUGCUCACCUCUGGACUCAUCUCCCAUCUCUGCCAUUAUCAUGGCAGCUGGCAUUGUUAGGUCUCAACUGGAGGAAAAGAUGUUCCUCUGCCUUAGUGUUUGCCUGUGACCUGAGCAGGGCACGUUCAGGAUGAUGAGCUGUGCUAUCAAGUGACAUUUUGGAACUUUUAAGAUUGGAAGCUAAACCAGUGAGCACUUUAGUCCUUCUCAAGACCCACUGAUUUGCCAGUGUGUGUGGUAAUGAUAUGUCAGAGCAGAAACUAGCAGGGCUGCUAUUCAGUGUGGACCAACUGGCAGAACUGGGCUGUGGAGAACGUGUUUCAGGCUGGGUUCCUCCUAGGAGGGCAGCAUGCUGGUGGAGGCCACAGCUCUGCUUCUUAGCCAGGUGUUCUCCUUUUUUUAGCUCACCUUGCCCAGCCCUCUCUUCCAGGCUCCUGCUCCAGACCCCUCUGCCCAGGGCACUGUGCUCUGGCCAGAGCAUGGUGGGCCUCACAAGCUCCUUGUCUUUCCUGUCUUUCCCCACAUCCCGGCUCAGCUGAUUUCUCUCCUUCUAGUAGUCACCUUCAGACCCAGGGCUGUACCAGUAAGUCAGCCUGAGCAUCUCCCCGAGAGGCUUUGAGUCCCUCGGUUCACGGAAAGCCGCCCUUCAUGUGCAACAGCCAUUUGUGCCAAAGCCCGUGCCUUAGGGCUUGUCCAGGACAAGGAGGGAGCAGUAAGCCUUCUCAGCUCUGCAGGAAGGCAAACCUUCCCUCCCCGACCCCAGUCCCACCGUCACUAACUGGAAGCCCAGGCUCAGACUCGGACCCCCCAACCCCAUCCUCACAUUUCUCUGUAUCCCAGAACCUCAGGAGCCUGCUCAUUGUGAUCAGCUAUCUCCACCCAGGAGCACACAGGCAAACAGAAUGAGACAGGAGGCAUGUGUGAUUGUAUCACAGUGGGACGCCUCCAUUGAGGUCCACAGGUCUAAAGGGGCAGGGGAGGAGGAGAGGGGAUGAGACUGUCACCCCCUCCCAGAAAUAAAGCUUGUACCUUGGAGAUUGCUUUCCGCCCUUGAAGUCAAGCUAAUAAUUGUGUCUAGUGUGGAGGUGUUUGCUGGUUUUCUUUGGUGUUUUUUCUAAUGCAAUAAACUCACUUCUGCCUGCUGCA